AUGCGAACUCUACAACAGCUAGCGAACGACGAAGGCGACGCGUAUCCUAUGGCGCAACAGGCGUUACGUCACCAAUUUUACAUGGAUGACGUAAUCACAGGCCAUGACACUAUGGAAGGAGCGCGCGAGCUUCAAAAACAGCUCUAUGAUUUAUUAAAAAAAGGAGGUUUCAUAUUGAGAAAAUGGGCGACUAACGAACCUUCUAUUCUUCAAGAUGUGACAGAAAAUCAAAAAAGUCAAAGUCAUGUCUUCAACUUUAAGCACGAUUCCAUUAUGAAAACUUUGGGCAUUGGAUGGAAGACAGCGGAAGACGUUUUUUGUUUUAAUUGGGACAUGCCGUCACGUGAUCAAAACAAAUUUACUAAGCGGAUGUUACUGUCGGACAUAAGCAAGUUAUAUGAUCCGCUCGGCUGGCUAGCUCCUAUCAUCAUAGGGACGAAGAUUUUAUUUCAACAACUAUGGAACAACAACUUAGCGUGGGAUGAACAAAUACCUAGUAAUGUAGCAACAAGUUGGGAAAAGAUUCGAAACGAAUUAAAGGAAAUAACAAACAUAUCAAUACCUAGAUGGAUAAACGGCACAAACGAGCGUAUCGAGUUACACGGCUUCAGCGACGCAAGCGAAAAGGCGUAUGCAUGCGUCAUGUAUACAAGGACUAUCAAUGACCGCGGUGAAUACGUCACUACUUUACUUAUAUCCAAAACAAAGGUGGCUCCACUUAAGAAAAAGACUUCAGUACCCAGAUUAGAGCUUUGCGGAGCUCUUCUACUCGCCAAGCUUAUGGAGAAAGUUAUACCAAUUUUUUCCCAUGAUCAAGUCGAUGUCCACUGCUGGACAGAUUCACAAGUGGUGCUAGCUUGGCUGCAGGGAAGCGAUAAAAAAUGGGAAAAAUAUAUAGCAAAUAGAGUGAUGAACAUCACUAGCAUCGUGCCGGCUUCUAGAUGGCGUUAUGUAAACACCAAAGAGAAUCCAGCCGACUGCGCAACGCGCGGCCUGUUCCCCUCUCAACUAUUAAACUAUCAGUUGUGGUGGGAAGGACCUCAUUGGCUCCGAAUUGAGUCUCGUGAAAAGAAAGCCUGCAAAACCUUUUCGACCGACGAAGGAUUGACGUUCGAAUGCUGUGCUACGCAACAGAGCAACUAUGACGUUAGCGGUGACGACAUUAUCAAACAGCUGUUAGAACGUCAUAGUUCGAUAACACGUGCCACUCGGUGCCUCGCAUGGGUAUUACGUUUCGUCGCGAGAAUACGUCACAAGGUACAAGCGUGUAGCGACGAACAUUUAAUAAACACAGAAAUAAGUGACGCGGCGACUCGUAUCUUAAAACAAACGCAGCGCGAAUACUUCAGUGAGGACAUAAACAGCUUACGAAAAAAUGGGUCACCACACAGUCGAAGUAAACUGCUGAACUUAACACCACAUCUGGAUGAAAAUGGCAUUCUACAAGUUGGAGGACGUCUUCAGAAUUCCAACUUAUCUGACGAAGCGAAGCAUCCAGCGAUACUACCCCACACGAGCCGUUUGACAGAACUCAUUAUUGAUCACGCCCACAAGAAGACUUUACACGGAGGAGUUCGCUUGACAUUAGGCCAAACUAGGCAGCGAUACUGGAUUGUAGGUGGCAACCGUGCAGUAAAAGGUAUUUUACGCUACUGUGUCAGAUGUCACCGAUUCAAAACAACAAAGAGCUCUCAAAUUAUGGGUAAUCUGCCGCAACAGAGAGUCUCAGCAUCCAGACCAUUCACUCACUGCGGUGUUGACUUCACGGGACACGUCGAAGUAAAGCUUAACAAGGGAAGAGGGGUGAAGACGUGUAAAGGAUAUGUGGCAAUCUUCAUCUGUCUUGCGACAAAGGCCGUACACAUUGAACUGGUUUCAGACCUAAGUACUCAAACGUUUCUAGCUGCUUUGAAACGUUUGUGCGCUAGACGAGGAACGCCCAAGCAUAUGUACUCAGACAACGGUACCAAUUUCAAAGGGGCAGCCAAGAUCCUGCAUGAUGACUUUCAAGAGUAUCUAACGAUAACUUCACCAGAAUUCUUCAACGCUAUCAGCGAGCAAGAAAUCGAAUGGCAUUUUCUUUGUCCAAGUUGGCCUUCUGCAGCUGGAAUUUGGGAGGCUGCAGUGAAAUCGAUGAAAUAUCAUCUUAUGCGAGUCCUUGGAGAACAGAAACUUGACUUUGAACAAUUCACUACACUACUUGCUCAAAUCGAGGCUUGUUUAAACAGCAGACCGCUAUGUCCACUAACGGAAGACGUAGACGAUCUCGACUACCUGACACCCGGUCAUUUUGUCACGGGGACCCCCGUAAUGUCAGUGCCUCAAGACAACUGUAAUGAGAAAACAAUUGAUUUACGCAAUAAAUGGAAGAUAACUGAGCUCAUGCAUCAACAUAUCUGGCAGCGGUGGUCAAACGAGUAUCUACACCAACUGCAGACGAAGAGCAAGUGGUUAAAACCAAAGGAAAACUUAAGUGUUGGCGAUCUAGUCAUCUUGAAGGAGGAUAAUAUCCCGGCAGGAAAGUGGGCAAUGGCACGCGUUACGGACCUGCAUCCGGGAGCCGAUGGUUACGUUCGCGUAGUAACUAUCCAGACGCAGAACAGCACUCUAAAGCGACCUAUUACCAAACUAGCUCCGCUACCAAAACGAGAAUCAUCAAACUUGCUCGACCUUCAAGCGAAAACAGAAACAAAGACGCAGACAGAAGAAAAUAAAAACAAACCACUCAAACUACAAAAGAAAAAACUGAGCAAUUACCUAACCUUGCUCAUUCUUUCUUUAUUUACAUUCCUAUCGAGUACAAUGGCACUACCGCAACCGAUGUUCAACGCUACUCAAAUUACAAAAACAAUACCUAUGUACUUCGAUGAAAUUGGAGACGUACAGCUGAUUCAUAACGAGUGGACUUUGUUAGUUUAUUAUAAUUUGACUACUUACUGGCAAGGAAAUAUUAAAGUCCAGAAAUAUAUACAAAAUAUAGAAAAUAUGUGCAAAUGA